GUUGUUUUCGUGUCUUCUUCCCAAAAAUCCCCUGUCUCAUGAUUGUCUGUCUAUCCGUACCUCAGGACAACAUUCUUUCUACUUCAAGUCUUCAACACCGUGAACAUAAUUUGGUGGUGGAUCAUAUAGUCACGUGUCGUGGUUCUAGACACCGAAUAGGUCGCACCGCCAAUUUCACAUAUUUCACAUGAAAUUGGUGAUACAAAUCACUGAGACGAGUACGCAAGACUGUUCCUGAUCGUCAAACCACCAGAACCGGCCGAGUAAUAUAAUUUACAUCCUAGUAAAUGUCGUCCGACAAUGGAAUGAUAUUGAUGAGUAACUCUUCAAUUAUCCUCAAAUAUUCGAACACUUGGGCAGCAACAGAUUCUAGAUCCAGUCAAUGCGCUGUCGAAAAUAAGGCUGCUCAGGUGUUGAUAGACAAGCCUUGAAUAUACUUGUCCGUCUCUCACGCCGCCACGCAAUAUUAUCUAUGAACAAAAUGUUUCAUUGUUAGGUUGUGUACUUCACGGCUCCCAUCAUUAUCAACUCCCUUGUUGAACGGAAAAAGCUCCGUUGAUCCAACGUAUUCUACGGCGGUUAAGUAAGCGGAGCACCCGACGGGGUGCGGCAUGUUAUCCUCUGGGUAGUUUUUGCAGGCGACCUCUAUUCUACGAAGUAGGCUGUUCUUUUCUUCAAACUUUGUCGAGGUGACACAAUCAGUCCACUUGAGAAUCCCAAUUGGAAAUAUCUGCUGUACGACUGUUAUUUCCAAGUCUUUCUAGACGAAAUGCAAGUAUCUAUCCGUUCUCCAGGUUUCAUGAAGCUAGACACACCCUUUGCUCAUCUUGAUAAACGUCUAGUCCAGGCUUCUGGAAUCUGGUUGGCACAUGAGGGCGGUGAAGUGAGAAGCGGUGGACUCACCGUUGAAGAAGCCACAGGGCUGAGUGCUUGAUUCAAUGUACAGAUGUACUUAUCCGUAGCUAUCACUGGGGUAUAUACUUUUACCCCAACCUACCCUGAAGAUCAUUGAUCAAUAUGUAUAAAUAUGUAUGUAAGCACCCGUUCCUGCAGACACCUCGAUCUCAUCUCUUCGGAAAUCUACAGUAGUGGGAAAGAGAAGGAAAUUGAAGAUUGAAAUCUGGCAUACCAUUACAGCUUUUUCAAUGCUCCGAAUUGACCAAUCAUAUCGCACGACUUCCGGGUAAUAUAUGGCUUUGUCUAUUAUGGUAUAUCUAUAUUUGCAAAGAUUAUAGAUGCUGGGGUAGAAAGUCCCAGGUCCUACAAACUUAUCAUUUUUCCUUUUUGGGGGAAAAAGUAAAACAAAUCUGUCGUACUUUCUACAUCUCGGGUGCGUCUUCCUGCAGCUCAUUUUUUUUCUGGCAAGGUUUGGCACUUUGCACUCUUAUUGGGCUUCUUUUAUGGAGAGCUUUUUUUUUCUAUCGUCACCUUCUUGCAUAUGAUCCGCCCCUCUAUAUGCACCUUUUGCCUUCCACCCCACAUACUUCCAUACACACUACACAUACAUACAUACAUACACCUAUAUGCCAGCUUUCAUUUCACUCUCCCAAUGCCCCAUGACGAUCCGAGACUGCAAAUUACUACAGGUGUCUCCAGCGUUGGCUGGAGCAUCUCCACUCGCUGCUACUGUCUCAAGCCUCAAAUUGCUUUUUCUACACUUUACCGAAGUCGUCAGUAGGAGGUCACACAUGAGCUGUCCUAACCACCGAUGGAGACAACACACACGGCUCUAAGCUACGGGCGAUCGACGUUACUUCUUUGAAAUAUAUUUCAUCACGCCGAGACAAAUUCCAGAGUCAAGCUGCCGUGUUGCACAUGGGUAUGCAGAUGCAGAGCAAUCCAACUUUAUUUGACUGCCACCUCACAGUUUCAUAUCACUCUCAACACUCCCCCUCCUUCGUGAAGACUUUGAAGAGUACAUGCGGAUCAUCUAUAAGACCAGCUUCAAUUCCUGCGGAGUAUAACGCCAUUCCCGAACCCGCUCCCCACUGUUUCUCCUCCACAUCACUAGCACUCAAUCUCAGAUCUAGCUUGAAAGCUUGAACACUUUCAGACCUUCUAGUACGAAAUCACCAUUGAAGAUGUCUUAUUCAUCAUACAGUUCUGGCUCAGCUACAUGGCAAGAGAAGCUCGAAGAGAGAUGUCGCGAGGCACAAAUUCGUCCCCCAGUAUUUCAGAUCGUGUCAGAUAGAAGAGGUGGACGAACAGCAUGGUCUAGCACAGUAACUGUACAGGGCCAGAAUAUUUCUGCACGAUUCUGGUACGAUGGGCAGUACGUCAACAAUGCGAAAGAGGAUGCAGCAGAAGUGGCACUCAACCGUUUGACUGGAUCGAGCCCAACCUCACCUAUCCAAAGUCGAAUGAGCGGUAAUUUCAACAUGACCUAGAACUACCGAAACUGCGGCCGACGAUUCAAUUUAGCCUGUAGGAUAAGAGAUGAUAAUAGGAUGAUUUGCCGUUUGCUGCAGCUUCGGCAAGGAUGGGCGAAUGCCAAUAAUACUUCAGGCGUCGGAUGGUUUUCGCCGUGGAUUUUCACAGGACAGCAAGGGCGCUGGAGUUUGAAUGCGUACAUGUUAUUCCCAACAGUUUUCCGGAUAUGUUUUUCUUCUUGGGAGGUGGUGUGAAAAAGCUUGUUUUUUUUGGAGAUAUGGAAUAUAUUUUAUCACUUCGAAUCAUGGAAUGGUUCCAGAACUUGUUACUAGCAAUAAAAGUGGAUGUUCUCUUUGAAUUAUUAAGACAUGAAAUGAAUUAGAUACUGACUUACACAUCGAUUUAUGACCUGUGUGGUGGUUUUUAAGUGAGGUUCUUACUAUCAAGCGUGCAAAAGUAGAGGUCGAUGCCGUCACAG